CUGACACAUGCUUUACUUAUUUGAUGUUUUUUUUAAGCAACAUCUGGUAGAAAAAUAGAAAUUAGUUGACACAAUAUGCAUACUGUGUGGCAAUGCUCUUGCUCUCCAGGAGACAAAGCUCUAAAGUCAAUGACACACCAAAGACUCAAAUGACAACAGCAUAUACCUAAUUACAUAACCUAUUAUGCAUUACUGUAAUAUAGAACUCAGCAGGAAUUACACGAUGAGCUAUUUUAUGGAACGAUGUCUGAUAAUACGUAGCUACUCCUUACUCUGUCGUAACUACCAACGGGACAGUGAAUAUUGGGAGAAUCUGCCACCAAAGUUAGCUGUACUAAGUUGCCGGGCUAUAAUUCUCACCCUAGAAUCCCAUAUCUCCAAUGUGGGACCAAAGUCUCAUACCUUUCAAUUGGAUACUAAAAUCUGACCACACUCCACAGCCCAGGCAACUAUGCGAGCUGGCUGUGCAUCUGUUCACUUGGCCAGUUUCGGGUUAACGCUACAAUACCAAUAUACUAUUUGCACUUCUCACUUUCAACUGAGAGAUUUGGUGGAAGGCUAGUUGUUGUUAGAAAUGCAUCUAAUAUAAAAAAUUAGCUCUUCGAAAGUGAAACGUAUACUGUGAAAGAGUGAUUAAUUGUUCAUGAUUGAUUUAAAUUAAGGCAUAUAAUCCACUUUACAUUAGUGGUGGAAAGGGCCAUGCUUUGAAGGAGUCAAAUCCAAUUAUACCGGAUUGCACAUGUCAGUUUUUAUCAGUUCCCUGUCAACAUUGUGCACAAGUUUUAAAGCCCUGUUUUGGUUCUUUGCACUUGUUUGAAGUGCCUUAAAAUUGUUGCCUUUGCACUUGUUUUUGCGUGAUGAUGCAGUGUCAGCAUCACCACAAACGUGUGUGUGAAAUUUUUGGGAUAAAUUUAAUGAUAUUCUUAAGGAAAAAAACUACAUUCAAGAAUUUCCUUCAACAUUUGAUCCAAUUAACAGAGAAUUGAACUUUGAUUGUGCAUGAGGGGGAAGAUUAUCCUGUCAAAGUUGGCUCUUCUUGGAUUUUUCAGAAGAAGUGACAAAGGCAGGGAGACCCCUUUGUGAAUCUAUAUUGGCUAUCAGCUUUAGCAACAAGGCAUCCAGAUAUGUAUGUUCUGGAGGCACUGGUCAAGUUGUAAGGAUAUGGGAUUUGCAAAGGAAACGGUGUAUUAAAUGGCUAAAGGGUCAUACUAAUACUGUCACAGGUGUAAUAUACAACUGUAAGGAUGAACAUUUGGCAUCUAUCAGCCUUAGUGGAGACUUAAUGCUUCAUAACCUUGCUUCCGGGCAAAAGGCUGCUGAGCUCAAAGAUCCCAAUCAACAGAUGUUGAGAGUUCUUGAUUAUUCUAGAGUUAGUCGUCACCUUCUUGUGACUGCUGGUGAUGAUGGGACAGUACAUUUGUGGGAUACAACUGGUCGCAGCCCUAAGGUUUCAUGGACAAAGCAGCAUUCUGCUCCAACUGCUGGUAUUAGCUUCUCUCCAUCCAAUGACAAGAUCAUUGCUAGUGUUGGCCUUGAUAAAAAAAUGUACAUUUAUGAUUCUGGAUCUAGAAGACCAUCAUCUUACAUUUCUUAUGAAGCACCUUUCUCUUCAUUGGCCUUUAAAGAUGAUGGUUGGAUGCUGGCUGCUGGAACUAGCAAUGGCCGUGUGGCAUUCUAUGAUGUUCGUGGCAAACCACAACCUGUUGCUGUUCUUCAUGCUUAUGGUAGUUCUGAGGCUGUUACGAGCUUAUGCUGGCAAAGGUCUAAACCAGUUGUUGUUGAUGAAAGAAAUUGCACUGCUGAGACUGCUCUUGUGGGAGAUACAGUUGAAGAUUCAAUACUUAUGCCUGAUCCUUUACCUCCGGCAAGUUCAUCAAACAUUUCUCUAUCGACAUCCAUGCUGAAUCCUAGGAACUCUGGUCGGGUGGGUGUCUCCAUUGAUGCUGCUUCAUUUGUGGCAUCUGGCAGUGGUUUUCCAUCCAACGUACCAAAUGUAUCAAAUGCAGAAGAAACUCCACAACGAAACAAUUUAUGGCCAGGUGGAACCCUGUCAAGAUUGCAUGCUCCCCGAGGUAGUUAUAACCUAAAGGAUGACAUGGAGGUGUUCUCCCCUCUUGUGGAUGUUCAACCAUUAACGCCCUCUCUAUGGGAUGAAAAUGGGAUGAAGAAGGAUAUUUUAUUUUCUGAUAGGAAACCUAUGUUGUUUCCUUCAUCUAGUCGAAGAUUUUCAAAUUCUGAGGAAGGAAUCAGUGACCAUCCUAUAUCUGAUUGGAAAUCUGGCUCAUCUUCCAAGCAGGAUAUUACUCAGUCUUCCUUUCCACUUGCGGGGUCAACUCCUCCUCCUCCUUCAAAGAGUGAAGAUUCUUCUAUCACUCCUCCUGAAGCCUGGGGUGGUGAGCGGUUAAGUGAAAAGUAUGGUUAUCACCGUCAGCCUGUCAAUGUACCAUCUCGUUUUGGGAUGUUGGCUUCUAGUGGUCAGACAGCAGGAUCAAUGUUAUCUGGAUUACAUGAUACUUCCUCGUCUAUGGGUGUUAGUUCCUAUGCCACUUCAAGCCUGAGUUUAGCUAAUAUACGUACCAAGGAUGCCUCUACAAGCCAGGAGAUUUCCUUGGGGUUUACUGAUCACACUUUCCCAACUUCUUUGCCUUUGUCCGCCAAUGCAAAAUCCAGCCUUGGACAAGCAAACAUCGAGUCCCCAAAAAUCCUUGAUUCCCCGAGAAUGUCAUCUUUUAAUAGAAGAUUUUCUACUUAUGCUGAAAGAAUAAGCACUACUUCUACCUUCAGCGACGGAGUUUCCCUUUCAGUUGGCUCUCCUAAGAUUAAGAAAUCAGGAGCCGAAACCAGAGAAGAACUUCUAAAUAGCUUGCUGUUGAAGUCUGAUACAUCUGCUCCAACAGAAUCUGGCUCAUUUCCACUGACAAGUGGAGUCAUCCCACAACAGAAAGCAUCUCAGCCAGACCCACAAGGAUCUUCAUUUACACUUCAGCUUUUUCAACGGACCCUGGAAGAAACUCUGGAUUCCUUCCAGAAAUCCAUACACGAGGAUAUGAGAAACCUUCAUAUUGAAAUUUUACGACAGUUUCAUAUGCAAGAGACGGAAAUGUCAGCUGUAAUGAACUCUCUUAUGGAAAACCAAGCUGAGUUGAUGAAAGAAGUGAAGUCCCUUCGUAAGGAAAAUCAGCAACUCAGACAAAUGCUUUGAUGGGUGUGAAUACAUUUUUGUUUGUCCUGUAUUGUGGGGUCUUUUGAUUUUCAAGAACUAACAAUUGAUGUAUGCCUGCUGUCAUCUUGAUUGCGUCUUAGCUUUUAGUGGGUGGUGGUUGAAGAAAAAUAUCAUGAGAUAAUUGCUUUCUACUAGAAUAGGGCUUUGAAAAUGUACAGGAUCAUGAUUUUUCCAAUUACAGAAGCUUUGUUGAAUGUUAUAUUUACGCUUAAAAGCC